GUCAGGCCCGGGUUUGGGGUUUAACGCUUUAGAGGUGGGUUCGCAUUACGUGGGAAAGUUGUCGUAGUAAGUGUGCCACGUCUGCUGGGAAGCGGUAGUCAUGAACUUGCCAAAGGCCGUUGUCUUGAAGCCUUCAAGUACUUUCUUAGUUCUAUGAGAUCGGGGGCCCUUUCUCUGUUUUUGUAGGAACUUUCCUGCGCCAGCAGCAUGAGGCUUUUUUUGUGGAACGCGGUGCUGACCUUGUUGGUCACUUCUUUGAGUGGGGCUCUGAUCCCUGAACCAGAAGUGAAGAUUGAGGUGCUCCAGAAGCCGUUCAUCUGCCAUCGCAAGACCAAAGGGGGAGAUUUGAUGUUGGUCCACUAUGAAGGCUACUUAGAAAAGGAUGGCUCCUUAUUUCACUCCACGAUGGCUGUCGCUCCUCCAAGUUACUGUUUUGUGGCCUUCCCACCACGUGCUAAGGACGGUCUGGUGGUAUUUGGGAAAAAUUCAGCUCGGCCCAGGGAUGAAGUACAGGAGGUUGUGUAUUUCUCGGCUGCUGAUCAUGAACCCGACAGCAAGGUUGAGUGCACGUACAUUUCAAUCGACCAAGUUCCCAGGACCCAUGCUAUUGUGCUAAGCAGACCUGCCUGGCUUUGGGGGGCAGAAAUGGGAGCCAAUGAGCAUGGAGUGUGCAUAGCCAAUGAAGCCAUCAAUGCCAGAGAACCAGCAGCUGAGACCGAAGCCUUAUUGGGGAUGGAUCUGGUCAGGCUUGGUUUGGAAAGAGGGACAACAGCCAAAGAAGCCUUGGAUGUCAUCGUCGCCUUGUUGGAGGAACACGGACAGGGUGGCAAUUAUUACGAAGAUGCACACGCCUGCCACAGCUUCCAAAGCGCGUAUCUGAUUGUGGAUCGCGAGGAAGCCUGGGUGCUGGAGACCGUGGGGAAGUACUGGGCUGCUGAGCAGAUCACAGAGGGAGUGAAGUGUAUUUGCAAUCAGCUUUCGCUCACCACUAAGAUAGACGCGCAGCAUCCUGAGCUCAGGAGUUAUGCUCAGAGUCAAGGCUGGUGGACGGGAGAGGACGAGUUCAAUUUUUCCGAAGUUUUUUCUCCAGCUGAUGACCACCUAGACUGCUGUGCAGGCAAAGACAGCUUAGAAAAGAAAGAAGAAAGCAUCACUGUGCAGACUAUGAUUGACAUCUUACGGGACAAAGCCAGUGGAGUCUGUAUAGAUUCCGAGUCCUUCCUCACCACAGCCAGUGUAGUGUCUGUUCUGCCUCAGAAUAGAAGCUCGCCGUGCAUUCACUACUUCACUGGGACCCCAGAUCCUUCCAGGUCCAUAUUCAAGCCCUUCAUCUUUGUGGAUGAUGUGAAACUUGUCCCCAAAGCACAAUCUCCCUGUUUCGGGGACGACGACCCUGCCAAAAAGGAGCCUCGGUUCCAGGAGAAGCCAGAUCGCCGGCACGAGCUCUACAAGGCCCACCAGUGGGCACGCGCUGUCAUCGAAAGCGACCAGGAGCAAGGUCGCAAGCUGAGGAAGACCAUGCUGGAACUAGAGAAGCAAGGCCUGGAAGCCAUGGAAGAAAUUCUGACCAGCUCUGACCCUCUGGACCCCACUGAAGUGGGGGAUCUUUUCUAUGACUGUGUUGACACUGAGAUUAAGUUCUUUAAGUGAAGUAAGCAUUCCCUCUCCCCUUCUUAUUUAAACGUUCCCACCUUACUAAAUUACCAGCAAAACAAACCACUCUCCUGUUUGAGUAAAAUGAGAAAGUUCAGACGUGUGAAAGUCACACUCUUGUGUUCUGCCCUCAAUCCCAGCAACGUCCCCUUCUUCUACAACGUAGCUCCCCCUUUGCAGUGUAACGUGUAUCCAUUUGCCUGUCUUUCGAUUGUGUGACUCCUUGUGGAUUUUCAGCUGCUAUCGUUGUAUUUCAGUGACCGUGGACACACUAGCCUUCUCACGGAGGACGAGCGUUCGUCAGGCCUUCACAGGGGGCUCCACAGUGCUGAGUGUGCAAGAAAAGCAAAAUCUAUUGAGGUCUUAGUCAUUCUUUCAGUAAUGGUUCCUUUCAGGUUACCAAAAGGCCCGGGGCUUUUGUGUGUGAACUUGAGGGGGAAGCUUCCUGGCCUCCCCUUCACACGAGUGCAAGCCGGUCGUGCAGAACGUCUGCAGAUGUGUCUGCUGAAGGACACAACCAAUGGGAAGGAACAAAGGGGGCUCCUCUCUAGUCGCAGCUCAUCUGAUUCUCGUGGUUCUAAGGGGCCUGUCCUCUGUCUGCUGCGCUUGUGCGCAGUGGACCCACAGACGGCUCCUGAGCACGGGAGAGCUGGUUAGCGGAUUUAGCUAGAACUGCCCGUGUUGGAGAUUCCGAGGCAGCCAUGCGCGUGGCCUCCCCACAUCCCCACGUGGCUCUCCCCAAAGGCCCGAGGCUCUCGCUGCACAGCAGCACGCCCACCCCUUGGCCUUGCGUAGAAACGAUUUCGGGCCUGGUUAUGGCCAUCUACUCCGGGAUUAAUUAAAUGGCCCUGUGGCAUGGUUCUCCCCCCCACAAAGCUGCGUAUCUCUCCAGCUAAUGAGGGAGAGAAAAGGAGAGACCGUUGGCUGUUCAGAUGCUAAAGUAGCUGGAAUCCGAGCAGCGACUACAUUAUCUCAGCGGAGACUUUAAAACUGAUUUGUUUCCAGUGUCGCGUUCACACGAAGUAUUUGACUUACCACCAGAGCACAGAAGAGCAUGUGAGGAAGACCAGAUGGGCCGGGCAUUGGGGAGACAGAGGGCGAGGAGGUGGCAGAUGGAGGCAGAAGCAGGUCGCCGCAGGGUAGCGAUCCAACCCCCAGCCUUCCUGUCCGGCUUGUUAUAUCCCACAAGGCUAUGUACGAUGCACCUGGCUCUCCCUGGCCCUCCCUUCGUUCCUCGUGCCCCGUGUCCUGGUAGCUGCCCUCACGGCGAAGGCAGCCGCGGUGGGCAAGGGUAGGGGGGGCUCCCCUCCAGCUAGCGAAACUCUCACCCACUCCGGAGAUGGACAGAGGGCAGAGAUGACGAAGGGACGUAUAUGCGGGUCAGCAGCUCCUGGAAGAAGGGCAGCCCCACUAUUCCAGCCUCACCCCCACCGCUGGGGCCCCGUCGUGCUCCGUCACUGGUAGGAAUUUGCAAGUGGAAAUACUGGGCGUGUCAGUAAUCUUCGAAGUGACCUUGGGUUCGGGACUCUGCACCGACAGCGGUGCACGACAGGCAAUAAGGGCCGGAGGGGACGUGGGUCUCACACACAGAUGCAGACACGGAGGGUCACGAGUUUUAUCGGGACACAGCUGGUUUCUCUACCAGCUCCCUUCCAAGGGUGUAGGUAUAAAGGCACCAUGAGCUUUUGGUCCAGCAGUUUUGUGAGUUCUGUACGUAAAAUCACAGACGACAAGCGGUGGGAGAUGGGAGGGACGUUUGAGAGCUGACAGGGUCAACACGGCCAUUCGUGGCGGCUCGUAGCUGCCGUGACCCAAUCAGGGCUUUCAUGGGUGACGAACUCAGGGUCUUCUGGUAGAUUGAGCAGCCAUUCUCAGAGCAUCUGUCUACAGGUGCUAAGUUGGGGGAGGGGAGGUUUGGAGGUGACGUUUUUGGUGCCUCACCCCGCCCAAGUCCACCUGCUAGGUGGUUAUUUAAAACAAGGGGAUGUGUUAAGCCACCCUAAGAUUUCACCAGGUGGUUUCACCUCUACCUAUUAUAGAAACAUUUCAUCGGACCUGACGUGCCUGAGAUACCCAAGGUGAUUUGGGGUUUACCAAAAGAAGUCUGGUGAGAAUAGAUUACACAGGGGUCUGCUUUCAUUAUUAUGGGCCAAACAUUAUUGUGGGCCAGCCAGUCUAUGCGAUUUCCUAACCACCAUGAAGUGGGAAAUACAAUGGCUACUUCUCUUAGGGGACGCUGACCUUUGUCCAGCGUCUCAAAGAAAGGCCAACCCUAAAUGAGAAUUGUCUGGGCUAAUGGUGUGCAUCACAAUUGUGGUGCCCCAGUCUUGGGCCACCAUGGGCCAUGGCAGCCCUCCAUGGCUAGGCCGGGCAAGAAGUUCAACGGGGGCUGGGACACUUCUGUCAGGCACAGAGGGGGUCUAUGUACAGUCAAACCCCCAAUAAUAGCGUGGGUGAAUUCUUUGCGCAUUUGGGCGGUGUGGAGAAAGACGAGGAGAGUAGAGAAUCUGUUGAUGUGGCUGGACUCCCUUCUAGUGACUUCUUUCUACUUACGUCCACUGCUUGAAAUUCGUUCUUGGAUUUGGAACAGGCUGUUGGGGGAAGGUAUGUUUCUUUUUAAAUUCUCCAAACAGACCCCGCUUUUGAAAAAUGCUUAUCAUUACAUGGAUGAAUUCUUGACCAGGGAUUGCUUUUCUAAAGGCAAUAUGGAGAAAAUGAAUAUUCAAGAGGAACUAAGAAAACAAUGGUUAAAGGUCAGUGUGUAAAUAGCUUCCUGAAAGAACCAUUUGUGUGUCCAUUAAGACUUGGAUGGGGGAGGUGUGCGUGCUUUGUGCAGCAAGAAGACAUGGCUGUAAAGGAUGGAAUUUCUCCCCCAAUCCCAUGCCCCGUAACCAACCAUAAGCCGCUUAGUCUUGUCUAGUAGAUGGCAUUGCCGUAGAUGAAGACAGCCCUCAUCCUCUAAGGGAGCAGAGGCUCCAGUAAAAGUAAAUUAGCAAAGCAGAGGUAGUACUCUUCCUUCUUGGAGGUGGUUUGGAACUUUCAGUAGAAUAAGCAUAUACUUGAAAUUCUGGUGAUUCCUUAGUGCCCAAUAACAUAAGACACAGUGUUCUUAUUAGACGGUCUUCCUUAUAAGCUAACAGAGCAGGUGUGUGCCUAGUAGAUACUAGCAGUGAAGUUCCUUCACUAUUGGGUGAAUUGCUAGGUAUAAAAAAAAGAAUUGCCAACCAGGCAAACUACUUUGCUCCCUAACUUAUGUCAUCCCGCACUGGUACAGGUGUCACACAGCUCUGGCCGGCCCCAGCAGGGAAGCCGGGUGGGACCAAUGUGUCUGCUAUGAAACCACUCACUGCAUCCUUGACUAAAGAACAGUCAAGUCAUUUGUCGGGGAGGUCUUCAGCUGAGCUCACAGGUUUAGGCAGGAAGCACACGGAGGAAGGAGGGAGGGGGGGAGCCCCCCUGGCUGGCCGUUCCCGUACGGAGGGGUUGGGGUGGCAGGUCACGUGCAUCUGCUGUCCCAGCACCACCCUGUGCCUCCCUGUGGCUGUGGCGUUUCAUUCUGCACGGUCCCAAGCCCCAGCUCUCCUCCUACGGUUUGUGCCAAACGUGCCGUAUCUGACCGACUCCCAACAUUCCGAGAUGUCACCUGCAGAUUUCUCAUGGGAAUGCAUUACGUAUGUGUUUGCAAUCGUGCUGUGAGAAGUUCCAUGUGUGAGCUGGAAAAUGCUAUUGGCAGGGAAUACUGACAAAGAAAAUCUUUCUGUUUCCUGCAGUGGGAACCGACCGUGUAGUCUUAACAGCCUUUUGUACAAAUAUCGACAAACCAGAUAACUUCCCUAUCCAGUGCUUGCCCUUGGAAUUGUCUCUAAAUACAUCAAGCAUACAAUAAAAAAAAAAUACUGAAAUUAA